AUGGCUUAUAUGCUCAAGAACACCAGGAGUAUCGACUUCGUUGGUCGGGAGAAGCUCCGGAAAAGAUGUCCUCUUCGUGAUGAUUUGAUUGCCGAGAUCCUCUCCUACCGCCCGGCGAAGACCUUCGUUAGGCUCCUCUCUGUUUGCAAGACCUUCCACCAAUUGUCGUUCGACUACCAUUUCCACCAUUUGCAGUCGUACCACAACACGACCAUCUCCGGCUUCAUAGUCGAGUAUCAUGGCACCAACCUAUCCCUCCUCAAAGUUGACCCCUGCACCGGCGUGCCCAAAAGCAGCCUCGAAUUUCUUAGGAAUAGCAACGCCACAAUCCUCGGGUCUGCCGGUGGCCUCAUCUUCGUCUUGCAUGGGAACGAGGGAUCGUCCGAUGCUACUACUAGUAGCAUAUUUGUCUACAACCCAGCUCGUAGAACUCGGUGUCGUCUCCCCACCCCAUCGGGCGUGCGUUUGAUGGGUGGCAUCGCGGUGAAGUUCACGGACGAUAGUGACGUGGUGACAGAAGCCUACAAGCUAGUCUACCUCUCACCGACCUGGGAAUGGAGCGUGUUGCACCACUGCCUGGUCUACGACUCAGCGACUAGGGCAUGGACGAUGGACAAGGAGCUCAACCUGGGAGCGAGGGAACUAAACUACGAGCAUCCGGUGGUCUGCGGAGAUGUUGUAUUCUGGGCAUCAGACUGGCGAUCGUGCACGAAGGUUGACCCGUACGUCGUCGCCUUCGAUGUGAGAGAGGAGUGUACACAAAUCAUCCAUCUACCGAAAGAAGCAGCCAUCUGCUGCGACGACACAAUUGGGAUAGCUACGUGGGAGGGGAACUCGUUGUGCCUGAUCCAUUACCGCAUGCUUUCUUGUGGGUUCACUCUGUGGCUUCUGAGGAAGGCGAGAGACGGUGCGACAGGAUGGGUGAAGGCAAAUGAGAUAAGCUUGGCCGAGAUGGGGCUCAAGAAUAGAUGCUUCGUAAGCUCCGUUAUGCUGUGUAAGGUGGCGAAGACGGUGCUACUUGUUUUCACCAUCAUUAACAAGGCAUACAGUUGUGAGCAAUACGCUUCGGCCAUGCGGCCAGCAAGAGGAGCCGUUGUGAGCAAUCUGAAGAAACUUUUCCUUUUCCCUUUUUUUCUGCUUCUGCUAUAUAAUAGUAUCAUAUCCUCGGAUCAACCUUUUAUUGAGUAA